UUUUUUUUCGAAAAAAUAUCUUCGGACGGGAAAGACACUGCCGCUCGUCGUCGCUCGCCCAGCACACAUUGUUAACUUUAUAUUCCGAACUUCGACGGGGCAAGAUGUGUCGAAUCGCGCGCGGUGGAUGAAUAGAUUGCCCGUGCAACUGCAACACAGCAACAACAACUGUUUAUAAAAUUAUACAAAAAAUAAAAAAUAAAAAGGAAGCGAGUCACAGCAACGCGGUACGCGAGUGUUUUAACAAAAAAAAAAAAAAUUAUAUAGACGCUAUUCCUGGGGAUUUUAGCCAUUUACUGAAAUACCACCGAUGCAAAUCAAUUACGCCAGAUUUGCGGUGCAAAACGAUGGCGUUACAAAUGCAACAACAUCUGAAACAAAAACAACAAAGACGAAGCAGCCCAGCGAGAGCAACUCCAGCCAUAUCCCUGAACCAGGACCAGGAGCCGCAGGACAUUCAAACAGUGCCCCAGAUAAUCCAACUGCCGCCGAGGCUGGCAGCGAAAAAUAAUUAAACGAAAGCCCCCCCUAAAAAAAGUGAAAAAAAGGAAAGAAAAAAAACCCUCGAAAAAACUUACGAAACGUGCAACCCCGAAAAAAAAAAUCAAUCAAGAGGAGACUUCCUGCCUCAAAAAAAAAGACACCAUUUAUUUUCGUAUUUUUGUUCAGUGCAUUGCGAGUGUGUGAGGAGGAGAGAUUCUCCCAAAAAAAAAAGACUAAGGAACAUGGAGCAGAUUACAAACUACUUCGAGGCAAUGGAUUACGUGUCCUUUGGCGCAGUGGCACUGCCCUGCGUGGUCAUCGCCUAUGCCGUCUAUGGAAUCCUGCAGGUGGUCAGUGGAAAGCAGUGCAAAAAUGACAAGAUGCAGCGUUGCAACCAGAACGGCGGCAAUACCACCAACACCACCACUGGCAACAAACGCAGCCCUCAGAAGUAUACCGGCAACCUAGCAGCAGCCGGCAUGAUGGCCUACCAGCCACAUACUGCAACAUCGACGGUGGGUGCCACCAUGCAGCACAACAGUGCUGGCAAUAAGCAUGCCACACGCAAGAGCCGCUACAACAACAAGCAACAGCAGCAGCAGCAACAGCCGCGACAGGAGCAGUACGGAAACCUGAACAUGCGGAAGCGCACCUCGGGGGCCACCGGAAGUGAGUCCUCGCCCUCGCCACCGGCCGCCACCUGGCUGGAGCAGCGCUAUGGCCACCGCCUCGUCAAGUCUUCAUUCAUCGAAGACAAGUUCCUGGGCCAGCACAAUCCGGGCCACCGCAACAGCACCAGCAGCGAGACGACCAGCGAGGACAUCGACUCCAGUAGAGAGCAUCUGAACAAGCCGAAGGGCAACCAAAUAACCGGCGGUCAUGUUGCAGGUACCCCCUUGUUGUCAGCCGCCGUCCCUGCCUCUGCCAUUGGGGGCAAGGCACGUCCAAAGCGCCAGCAGAAGCAGAAGAUGCAGCAGCAGCAGCUCCAGCAGCAGAAUCCGGACCAGCAGCAGAACCCUGGCAAGAUGACGUCCCAGAGCAAGCCCAAGCAAGGCAACCCGGCUGGCAAGUGGCGCCACCAGACCGCUACGGCUCCACCGAUCCAAAAUGGCAACAAUCCGCAGCAGCAGCUGGCGGGCGGGAAGCGGGGAGCGAACGGCAAGAAACCCGGAAAACCCAACCACAACAACGGAAGCGGCGGAUGCGGAAGCGGAGCCGGAAGUCUGGCCAAGCACAACGGCGGCAGCAACAACAGGAACGGCAUCCUCCGGAACGGCAUCACCUGCUCCGGCGGCAGCUCCUCCUCCUCGGCCCUCAGCUCGCCCACCAGUUCGCCCACCAGCUCGCCCCAGAACCGCAAGCGGAUGCCGGGCCUGGAGUGGCGCCGGAACACCAACUUCCUGGUGCCCCCGCUGCGCCAGUACGAGCAACUGGACCUGGAUGACCGCACCCUCGUGCAGCAGCUGCGGCGCCACGUGAUCGACCACCACCUCCUGAGGGUCUACGGCUUUCCGGUGGAGUCGGUCGUCCACGAGGGCGCCAUCGAGAUCUUCAAGUGCCUGCCGCACAUGAGCUUCGCCGCCGCCCUGGCGGAGACGGCUCCGGCCGUGACGGUGAUCAACUGCCACGACGGCCUGGCGGAGAUCGGGGGCGAGGAGGGCGGCUCGGCCACAUCGAGCGACUCGGGCAACAGCUCGCCCCGGUCCCUUGACUCGGAGUCGGGCGGCGAGUGGAGCGGCAGCGAAUGCGAGAGCAGCUCCUCCUCCUCGGGCGCUUCGGCCUCCUCCUCCUCGGCCUGCUCCUCCGGCUCGGAUGCCGGCGAUCUCAACCUGGAGCUGAAGUACUGCCAGUACGUGCAGGUGGAGCGCAGCCUGGCCAAGCCCUGCGCCCGCUGCAAGCGCCACUUCCUGGUGGACGAGCUGACCGGCGAGUACCUGACCUGCGAGGAGUGCCACUACCACUCGGGCAAGUUCCAGCGCUACUUCGACGGCGUCUGCAUGGGCCGCUGGAGCUGCUGCCACGCGACGGACGAGUCCUCGCCCGGCUGCUGCCACAGCGAGCGCCAUGUCUGGACAGGAUCGGUGGUGGGCGUUAACGGGCCCUACCACGACUUCGUCCGCACCCAGCCUCGCCGCCGGAUGGCCCAGGACGAUCACCUGCCGGCCGUCUACGCCCUCGACUGCGAAAUGAGCUACACGGGGCGUGGCCUCGACGUGACCAAGGUGUCGCUGGUGGCCCUCAACGGGCAGCUGGUGUACGAGCACUUUGUCCGGCCGGAGUGCGACAUCAUCGACUACAACACCCGGUACUCGGGCAUCACGGAGCGCGACCUGCGCACCGGAGGCGGUGCCAAGUCCCUGGCCGACGUGCAGCGCGACCUGCUGGAGCUGAUCUCGGCGGACACCAUACUCAUUGGCCACGGACUGGACAAUGACCUGCGCGCCCUCCGGAUCGUGCACAACACCCUGAUCGACACCUCGAUCAGUUUCCCCCACUGCAGCGGCUUCCCCUACCGACGGGCCCUGCGCCACCUCACCAAGGUCCACCUGAAGCGGGAGAUCCAGAGCGGGGACGGCACCACGGGCCACAGCAGCUUCGAGGAUUCGCGGGCCUGCAUGGAGCUGAUGCUCUGGCGGAUCAACCGUGAGCUCCUGGAUCCCACAUGGAGUUGGGACGAUUGAGCCGGUAGCAGGGGGGAAAAGGGGGCCAGCAAGUACUUCUAGUUGAUAAGUUAGUCGUUCGCCUAGUUCGUAUUCUAAGGAAAAGCAAAGGAUAACAAGAAAAGAAAACAAAUCUCAGCUGUGCCGGCGAGGGGGAAGUCGGCCAUAAAAUGGUGGAUGGCUCGGGCCUCCCAGGGCCGCCCAUCAUUUGGUUGCCCAAGUCCCCCUCCCCCCGGCCGGUAACCACAAAAUUCAAAUGACAAAGAAAAUUCAAAGAGCCUCUGGUCUCUGGUUCCGGCCAAGACCGGAACAGGACCGGAAACGCGCGCAAAAAAAAAUGAAAAUGAAGAUAUAUUUAUAUAUGCGAUACAUAGGGAAUAUUUUGUAAGCGUAUAUUUAUAGAAGAAAAACUAAAAAAAAAAAAAAAACAAAAAAAAAAAGAAUUAAUUAUUAAUCUACAUAUGUAUAUACGCAUAUUGAUUUUUUUUUUAUUUUCGAACCACGAGAAAAUGUACUGAAGUUUAGCUGUGAUGUUUUUUUUCACUUUCUCACAUAUUUUACACGAACCAGAAAUUCAAAAUACAAAAAAUAUAGAAACAAAAUACAAAAAAUAUAUACACAUGCAUACAUGAUCAGCUAUUUUUUUUUUUUAAUAGAAGUCCAGUAUGGAAGUCCAAGUCCAAAAUUAACCUUAUUCUUGACCAAAACGAAAUCACUCCAUUUAAGCUUAGGUUCUAGCCCGCACCCUAUUUUUUAGCCACAUAUGUUUUUAUUAUUAUUAUUAUUAUUAUAAUUUUUUUUUUUUUUUGUUUACCAACCAUCUCAUGUACUAUUAGAAUUAUAUAAGAGAAAAAUUAACGAAAGUAAGCAGAAAGUUCAACUUUGACUACUUUUAUACACUUUGCAAAAAAAUGCAAAUUAUAUUUCUUCUUUGUUUUUUGAUUAUUUAUUUGACAAGAUUCACAAGAACACGAUCCAUACACGAACAGUUCAUUGAAAAUUUCUUCAAGUGUACAAUUUUUCACAUUGAACUCUCCUCCCAUCAUCGUAGGCCUAAGUUCUAAGGUUUAUCAGACAGACAGACAGACCCUUCUAGUUGUCUUAUAUAGUUGUAAGUGUAACUCGACGUGGAUACUUCAUUCGACAAUCGAUGUUCCUAGCAGCAUAAGUUGAGCACACACUACCGAGGUAGCACUGUACUACUGCACACACUGCAAGAAAAGCAGAAGCGCAAAUUCGAUUCGCAACGAUGAAAUAAAAGAACAAUGAUUUGUUUCAAAAAUUAAAUAUCACCUCAA